CGCUGCUCCCAAUACCAAGCCCUUGGCGCGGCCGGCCCCGGCGGCGCAGCCGCGGACAAGCGCUGCCGGGUCUUCUGGCGGAAGGGCGAGCGGCGGCCGCUGCAGCUGCAGCCAUGGGCAGGCGCUUCGCGGCAGCCGCACGGGCAGCAGCAGCAGCACACGCAGCAGCAGCUGAUGCCGCCGGCGUCUCCUAUGUCCCCCUGA